AUGAGACGAUCUGUAGCACCAAGUCAGUUGCAGGGGAAUCCCUUGAAAAAACCAAAAUUUAUACCACCAGGAAGAAGUAAUCCAAGUCCUAAUGAAGAAAUUACAAAACUGAAUCCAGAAACAGAAUUAUUUGAGUCUCUUUCAGUCUUUCUCCCAUCGCAAAAUGAUUCCAAAAGGUGUAGUUUAAGUCUUCUGCAUGCUAAAGAGAGUACUAGAGAAAUUAACCACAGGGAUAAUUGCAGUGGAAAAUCCUGUUCUGAAGGAUUUUCAUUCCCAACAAUAGAUCCACCCCAUACAGUUCAUUCAGCCUCAACAGAACUGACAGUGUCUACGGCAAAAGAAGAGGAACCUGAUAAUCUAGUUAAAUAUUUCAGUGUUGUUUGGUGUAAGGCUUCAAAGAAAAAACACAAAAAGUGGGAAGGUGAUGCUGUUCUUAUUGUAAAAGGCAGGUCACUUACAUUAAAGGAUUUGGAAGGCAAAGACAUUGGAAAAGGUAUUGGAUAUAGAUUCAAAGAUCUUGAAAAGAUUGACGAGGGCCAAAUGCUGAUGAUUGGUGGAAAAGAAAUAGAAGUCAUGGGUAUAAUCUCGCCAGAUGACUUCAACAGUGGGAAAUGUUUUCAGCUUGGAGGAGGAGGUUCUGCUAUCUCAAGUUCUUCACAGCCUGCCAAGAAGUAUUUCUCUAGCCCUUUCAAAAAUGUCUGUAAACUAGAUUCAAAGAAGAAUGUACAGAAUGAUUUCCAGGAUUGCAAACCACGCCAUGACCCAUAUGCACCAAGAAGUACAAUUAUUUCCAACAGAAUGAAUGGCAGAAAUGGAGCUAUUCUUGCUGAUGAAAUGGGUUUAGGGAAAACACUGCAAUGCGUUUCACUCAUCUGGACUCUACAGUGUCAAGGACCCUAUGGAGGCAAGCCAGUAAUAAAGAAGACACUUAUAGUCACUCCUGGAAGCUUGGUGAAUAAUUGGAGGAAGGAAUUUCAAAAAUGGCUGGGAAGUGAAAGGAUCAAGAUAUUUACUGUUGAUCAAGACCACAAAAUAGAAGAAUUCAUCAAGUCUCCAUUAUAUUCUGUUCUUAUUAUCAGUUAUGAAAUGUUACUUCGUUCCCUGGAUCAAAUUAAGAAUAUAAAAUUUGAUCUUCUAAUCUGUGAUGAAGGGCAUCGUUUGAAGAACAGUGCCAUUAAGACAACUACAGCCCUCAUUAGCCUCUCUUGUGAGAAAAGAAUAAUUCUAACUGGUACUCCAGUUCAAAAUGAUCUACAAGAAUUUUUUGCAUUAAUUGAUUUUGUAAAUCCAGGCAUAUUAGGCUCUUUGUCAUCCUACAGGAAAAUAUAUGAAGAACCCAUCAUUCUAUCAAGAGAGCCUUCUGCUUCUGAGGAAGAAAAGAAUUUAGGAGAGAGAAGAGCUGCUGAACUUACUCGCCUCACUGGACUCUUUAUCCUUAGAAGGACCCAGGAAGUCAUAAAUAAAUAUCUUCCACCUAAAAUAGAGAAUGUAGUCUUUUGCCAGCCAGGAGCACUACAGAUUGAACUUUAUCGAAAGCUGUUGAAUUCUAAGGCCGUCAGGUCCUGUCUUCAAGGGUGGUUGGAAAAUAGUCCUCAUCUCGUAUGUAUCGGAGCUCUUAAGAAACUGUGCAAUCAUCCCUGCCUUUUGUUCAAUUCAAUAAAGGAAAAAGAGUGCAGCUCAACUUCUGAUGAAAAUGAAGAAAGGAGUAUAUAUGAGGGCUUGAUGAAUGUGUUUCCUGCUGAUUACAACCCUCUCAUGUUUAUGGAGGAGGAGUCAGGAAAACUACAGGUGUUGUCAAAGCUUUUAGCAAUUAUCCAUGAACUUCGUCCUUCUGAAAAGGUGGUGUUGGUAUCUAACUACACACAAACCUUGAAUAUUUUACAAGAAGUGUGCAAGCGCCAUGGAUAUGCUUAUACAAGGCUUGAUGGACAAACACCAAUCCAUCAAAGACAGCAAAUUGUUGAUGGCUUCAAUAGUAAAUACUCUUCUGAUUUUAUUUUUUUGUUAAGUUCGAAGGCUGGUGGUGUGGGACUUAACCUUAUUGGAGGAUCUCACUUAAUUCUCUAUGACAUUGAUUGGAAUCCAGCCACUGAUAUCCAGGCAAUGUCUAGAGUAUGGAGAGAUGGACAAAAAUAUCCUGUACAUAUUUAUAGACUUUUAACUACAGGUACAAUAGAAGAAAAGAUCUAUCAGAGACAAAUCAGUAAGCAAGGUCUUUCUGGGACAGUUAUGGACCUGACUAAGACAUCUGAACAUAUUCAGUUUUCAGUAGAGGAACUUAAGAAUUUGUUCACUUUACAUGAAAGUUCACAUUGUCUUACUCAUGACCUACUUGACUGUGAGUGUACAGAAGAAAAAAAUUAUACAGAUGAUUCAUUGGAAAAAUUACCUGUAUCUAGAAAUUGUCAACUUGGUCCACAUCAGCAGAAGUCUAACUCCCUGAAACCCCUCUCCAUGUCACAGCUGAAGCAAUGGAAACAUUUUUCUGCAGAUCAUCUAAACCUUCCAGAUCCUUUUCUUGAAAGAAUAAGAGAAAAUGUGUCAUUUUUUUUCCAGAAUAUAACUAAUCAAGCUACUGCUAUGUAA